GGUGAGCACAUCGAUGGAUGAGCUCUGCGCAUUAUGAUUGUACUUUGUCUUUGACAGAUUUCUGUAGCAAAGAAACGGAGCGCGUCUGCAAACUAAUAUGCCUAAUGUUAUCAUCGCAAUGGCGUGGAUCAACAUUUCUAAAUAUAAAUGUAUUCGAUUAUAAAUAGGCCACUCACCUGUGCCAGCAUUUCGUAUGGGAAUAUUUUGAGGAGCAGAAUAUUUCAUAUUUCUGAAGACGCAAAAAAACAUGGACAACGACAGAUGGAUGUAUACUUUAUUCUGACCGAUUUUUCAACAAUGUAAAAAAAGAAAAAAAAAAGAAGCAAAGAAACUACCUUCCAGAAGUCCAACUGCCUUCCAACUUUUCCGACCGUUAACCAGCACGAUGUUUUCGGGCCCGCCUGAUCUCAACUACAGCUUCAACGUGAGCGCCGACCGGGAUUUUAGUACAUCAACGGGCACGGAGAUGCUGUCCCCGACAGGGUUCGUCGUGCUGUCCGUUGCCCUGGGCUUCAUCAUGACUUUUGGCUUCGUAAAUAACUUUGUUGUGCUGCUGCUGUUCUGCAAAUUCAAGACACUGCGAACUCCCGUGAAUAUGCUUUUGUUAAACAUUAGUGUCAGUGACAUGCUGGUGUGCGUGUUUGGCACUACACUCAGUUUUGCGUCCAGCAUCAAGGGAAGGUGGCUGCUCGGUCGCAUUGGCUGCAGUUGGUAUGGCUUCGUCAACUCCUGCUUUGGCAUCGUGUCGCUGAUUUCCUUGGUGAUCCUGUCCUACGACCGCUACAGCACGCUCACCGUGUGCAACAACAACCGUUGGCCCGACUACCGCAAGCCCCUGGUGGCGGUGUGCUGUUCCUGGGUCUACUCCCUCAUCUGGACGGUGCCCCCCCUGCUCGGCUGGAGCAGCUACGACCUCGAGGGCGCCGGGACCAGCUGCUCCGUGUCCUGGAAGGUCCGGACAGCCCAGUCCCACGCCUACAUCAUCUGCCUCUUCAUCUUCUGCCUGGGCCUGCCUAUGCUGCUUAUGGUCUACUGCUACGGCCGGCUGCUCUGGGCUGUCAAACAGGUGGGCAAGCACCGCAGGACGGCGGCACGCCGGAGAGAGUACCGCAUCCUGUUCAUGGUGCUGACCACGGUGGUGUGCUACCUGGUGUGCUGGAUGCCCUACGGCGUGGUGGCCAUGAUGGCCACCUUCGGCCCGGACAACAUCAUCAGCCCGGUGGCCAGUGUGGUUCCCUCGCUGCUGGCCAAGAGCAGCACGGUGAUCAACCCCCUCAUUUACAUCCUGAUGAACAAACAGUUCUACCGGUGCUUCCUGAUCUUGUUCCACUGCAAAGGCCGGGCAGGGGCCCAGAGAGGGGGGUCCUCCCUGCCGUCCAGGACCACCAUCAUCCAGCUCAACCGCCGGGUGUACAGCAACACCGUGGCCUGCACCGACCAGUCCACCUCGAGGAACCUCAAGGUGUGCACCAGCCUGCCCACCACGGAACGCUUCAGCCCGUCGGUGAUCACCUCAUGACCUGUGGGUC